AUGGAUGUUAAAUCAGGAUACACGACUAUCAAACUCCUCUCCAGCAAUGGGCCGAUAUAUCGUCGAGUCUCAACCGUAGCCCCGCGCAACUGUCGUCCGGACGAAAUUCCCGUCAUCGACAUUGGUGGGAUUUACGAUGAUGCAGAUGCCCGCAAGAAAAUGGCAACACUUGUGAAACGUGCGGUCGAAGGUUCCGGGUUUUUCUACAUACAGAAUCACGGUAUCGAUGAGAAAGUCAUUGACAACGCUCUUCAAGCCACGACCAAGUUCUUCGCUCAGACCACCGAGGACAAAAUGAAGGUGGCCAAGAAGUUCUCGAAGCAUUUCAACGGCUACAGUGGCUGUGGAACAACUCAGCUCUCCCCAUCUGAGUCCCGUGACAGAAAGGAAGGUUUCAUGUGGCAAUAUGAUCCCAAAUUUGACCCGGAGCCGAAAGACGUUGCCUCCAUUCCUCCCGAGGUCAAGGCCUGGCUUCGGCACGAAGACUUCAUUUGGGACGGCACAUCCCAUAUUCCAGGGUUUCAAGACGCCCUAAUAACAUACUGGCAGGCUUGUCUGAGACUGGCGCGGAGCCUAGCAAAAGUGAUGGCCCUCACGCAAGAUCUACCAGAAGAUUACUUUGAUAGGCUCACGACAUAUCCCGGUGCAGAUGGCGUCCUCAACUAUUAUCCCGCACUCAAGCCGGAAGAGUUGGCAGCUACCGACAGCAGAGAGCUUGGUGAGGUCGGAAUUGGGUCCCAUACAGAUCUACAAUGCUUCACAUUGCUGUGGCAGGAUCAGGUCGGUGGCCUACAGGUACUCAACAACGAGGAUGAGUGGAUCAAAGCACCGCCCAUUCCGGGCACGCUGGUUGUCAAUAUCGGCGACUUCUUGAUGCGCAUGUCCAAUGACCGCUUCAAAUCGACGGUGCAUCGCGUGUACAACCGGGCCACCGUCGAUCGGUAUAGCAUGCCCUUCUUCUUCGGAUUCAACUUCAACGAGACGUGCUCUGUCCUACCCACCUGUGUCGACGACGCACAUCCCGCGAAGUAUGAGCCGAUCUCAUGCGGUGAGUGGUGCCGGCGGCGCUUCCAGAUGGUCCAGGUUGAUAAGGAGAUGUGCGCGGAUGAAAAGCCAGUUGCUGUCGUCUCUGAGAUUGUCGGAUCCUUCCCGGGGCUUGGCAGACCCGUCCAAUGCACCAAGAGUCGGCUCCGUGGGCGCCGUCUCGACCCCAGGCACUCUCUCCACCAUUCCUCCGCCCGUGAUCUCCGCGUUGUUGCUGCUGCUGCCGCCGCCGCCAAGAUGGUCAAGACAAAGAUGCGCCGGGUCCAGUCGGCCGCCGAGCGAGCGCUGCACAACCAGGAGGACAUCCUGCCGCGCGGCAAGCUCCUCCUCGUCUUCGCCACGCUGUCCCUGACACUGCUCAUGUGCUUCAUCGACCAGAACGGCAUCAGCGUCGCGCUGCCCACCAUCGCCCGCGACCUGGGGGCCGAGGCCACCAUCUCGUGGGCUGGCACGUCGUCGCUCAUCGCCAACACGACCUUCCAGAUGCUCUACGGCCGGCUCUCGGACAUCUUUGGCCGCAAGCGCGUCUACCUCGCCGCCACGGGCCUGCUGUGCAUCGCCGACCUGCUGUGCGGCCUGGCGCGCAGCCCGGCCAUGUUCUACGUCUUCCGCGGCGUGGCUGGCAUCGCCGGCGGCGGGAUCACGAGCCUGAGCAUGAUCAUCGUGUCUGACAUUGUCACUCUCGAGCAGCGGGGGAAGUACCAGGGUAUCAUUGGAGCGUGUGUAGGUCUGGGUAACGUUGCUGGGCCUUUUCUGGCUGCCGCGUUCAUCUCCAAGGUUUCGUGGCGCGUCUUCUUUUACAUGCUGUCUCCGCUGUCUGCGCUUGGUGGCAUUGUGUCCUUCUUUCUCCUACCAUCGAACGCUCCGCCGGAUGGUGUUUGGGAGAAUGUCAAGAAGAUCGACUAUGGUGGCGUUCUCGCUUCGUCCAUUGCCGUCAUUCUCGUCCUUAUCCCUGUGAGUGGCGGAGGAGCCUACUUUGAAUGGAAGUCGCCGAUGGUAAUCAGCAUGUUAAUCAUUGGCGGCUUGUCUUUCGUCGUUUUUCUUCUCAUCGAGUGGAGGUUUGCUAAACUUCCCAUGAUGCCGGUACAAAUUUUCCAGAACCACGUCGUUACGGUCCUUCUCAUCCAGACCUUUUUCUUUGGCUCAGUCUACCAAGCCAAUCUCUAUUACCUCCCGCUUUACUUGCAGAACGUCAAGCAGUACUCUGUUGUGGUAUCAGCUGCCAUAGCUAUCUCCAUGUCGGUUGCACAGUCUACGCUUUCGAUAUUAUCAGGCCAGUAUAUCUCGCGGACAAAGAGAUAUGGCGAGGUUCUGUGGGCGGGCUUCGGCGUUUGGACUCUUGGUGCUGGCUUAACUCUACUCUACGGGCGGGCAACGCAACCGGUUGUUAUUGUUCUCCCACUUGUCGUCAUCGGCAUGGGCACCGGCAAUGUCUUCCAGCCCACACUCGUAGCUCUGCAGGCACACUCUCCAAAGCCGCGCCGCGCCGUGAUCAUCUCGAACCGCAAUUUCUUCCGCUGCGCAGGCGGAUCUUGCGGCCUUGCCGUAUCGGCAGCCGUACUUCAGGCAGCGCUCCGAGCGAACUUGCCACCUGAAUACAGCUAUCUGGCAAACAAAACUUACUCCCUGCCGCACAUAGAAGGGCCCGGUAAAGAUGCCAUCCUCGAUGCGUACAUGGCAGCAAGUCGGGCUGUCUUUAUUUUACAGAUCCCACUCGUCGGCCUCGCGUUUCUGGGGUGCAUCUUUGUCAAAGACCGAGGGUUGGAUUACAUUGAUUCGACGAAAGAGAAGGAGGGCCCUGCGGCGGAUGAGUCGAGGCAGGGGCAGGAAGAAUCUUCGCAUGACGAGGAAGGUGAUGAUAUCCAGGACAAGGCUGAAGAAGGCUCAGCUGGAGACCGCAAGAAAGCGAAAGAACGACAGGAUAUGUUCUCGUCCGUACCAUUGGAUAGAAUGCAUACCCUAGAGUAG